CAGCUGAGAGAUUUUCUGAACAAAGUAGAUCUCAGUAAAAUGUCUGUUGAUGAAGAAAAUGAAAGCCAAGCAAACAAAGAACGACCACGUGCUUCACAGAGCUUGGAAAUGCCAACAACACCAAGAAACAAGACGUCGUCAUUUGUGGCCUUGACACCCCAAAACAGUGGAAACUUGCAAAGAGCUGAAAUAAAGAAUGUUUCCCCAAAUCUAAGCAGCGAAGCAGUCACAUCAUCAAGGAUGUGCAUGACAUGUGCAAAAGAAAAAGGGAAAGUUUGGCGAUGAUGCUUUCAAACAUAUGCACAUUUGGCGACCCAGAAGCAAAGGCCAUCAUCAAUGAAAUUGUUGAAGAGGUAGCUGUAAAAAGGGGAGUAAAGAGGAGUGUGGAAGAGCUAGUUGGCAACAACACAAUGUUGAAGUAUGUGGAGUGCCUGAGAGUUCCUGACUGGAAGCUUGUCCUUUUCCAGGCUAUGGCGAGAGUUUUUUCAAAAAUCCGUGAUGAACAUCACAGGGCUCAGAAGGAUGGGGGUAAGAUGUUUAGUUAUGUUGGUCUUGUGUCAGUAUAUUAAAAUUCAUAUUUGGUGCCCUGGCUAAGGGAAUAAAAGAACAAAAAAAGAACUAUUCCAUUGCGAGCCUCAAUGUUUAAGUCAGCUCUUAUUUCUUUUGUGUUAUUCAGUUAUUCCCCUAAGCAAAGCCUCGUAUGAAUAUUUAUCAAAAGUGCUAAUAAAUUUGGUUUUUAAAAAUUAGGAUUUUUUCCUGCUUAUAAAGAGCGAGUUUUACUUAUUUCCAUAAACGGAUGGCAGUCCUUUAACUGAAGUUAUGAGUCGUGCUAAUGAGUGUCAAGUAUUCCUGGCUAGAAUGUAAUGAUAACUCUCUGAAGCUGCACCUAUUUGGGUAAAAUAUAUGUGAGCCCGUGGUCAUGAUUAUACUAGAAAUAUGUCUAUUGCAACACCUCAGGAAGAUGUGAUGAGGGGAAGCAUAUCAAACCAAUUUAAACCAGCCAAUAGGAAAAAUAUAUUAAAAAAAGAAAGAAAAAUUAAAACGACAAAAAAGUUUCAACCAGCAGGAAUCAAACGGUGAUGGGUGUAGCUAACGAAAAGAUAAACAGGCUUUUUUUAUCGGUCAAGCUGGCUUUUUUACUCAACUGCAUCUUCAAAAUAACCCUAUGUCUGUUUUCCAGAGCAAUUUGAGCCAGUCGUAAGCUCUUUUUCAGGUGGUGAAAUAUGCUGGGAGCCAGCUUUUAGUGACAAACCCUGGACCAUUAACAUAUAAGGUCAUUGGCCUACCUCCUAUUAAUGUUCCAUGACACCAAAAGUAAAUUUAAAAUAUAAUUUUUAAGAUUUUUCCCAUGAAAUUCUGUUGAUAGAUGCUGUUUGAACUGGUAGAGCUUUAUUCAUCAAUAACUCAAAAAUAUAUAUGAGGAAAAUAAGCAGUGCUUUAACGGUAAAAGCAGUACUUUAACUCAUUUUGUCAAAUUUGAAGAACAUAUGGCUGGCAAAGUGAUAAAAGUUUCUCGUAAAAUGGUCACGAAGACCCUUGCUGACUGAAGCAAUAUUAUUGUUACUGGUCAAAAUUAUACUCAAGGGAAGAUCUCUUAACCUACAGGGGUUGGUUGUCUGUUUCCUUUGUUUCCUAGGACUGGUAGGACACGAAGGAAACAAAGAAUCAACCUGGAUUAAAAAGUUUCAUCUUUGCUUUUUAUCACCUUCCUUUCUAUUAUUUUCUUAAAAAUCCUCUCACACAGCUCUCCUCCUCAACUUAAACCAGAUCAAGGCAGCGAAGAAGAUGGUUUUUGGAGUUUGUAGGGAAAAUAUGAGGGUUAAGAAGGUGGCUCCUCCUAUACAAGGUUUCUCUGUGAAUUUGAAUUCUGUUGUGGAGUUGAUUGUAAGGGAACAAAGGCUGCACCAGCUGUCUUCU